AUGCUUCAGUCUGAUCGUGGACACUUCACUCCACCACCUCAGCUGAACCCAUUACGGCGAGGACCAGGCCUGUACUCCUCCACCGGCCACACACACCCAGACCCAGGAGAGCAGUCACUGAACAGCCCCAAGGUUCUUCCAUGCAUAAACGUCGGCCCAGAGUUUCAGGCAGAUAUUCCUCCAUGUUUGUUUGAUGAAUGGUCAUAUGCCAAGGAGGCGUCGCCACAGGAACGCUUGCUCUGGAAACCAUGGGACGAACUAACACACUGCACCGCAGUCCAAGAUCAAGUGGAGAAGUUUCUGCAAAUGUGCAGUUCCAGUUGUCUACCAGGAGGAGGCCUCAACACAGAGCUGGCAUUGCACUGCCUACAUCACUGCCAUGGAGAUGUUAUGGCCACUCUAGAGAUGCUGCUGUUUUCUCAGCUCGUCCCGGCAGAAGACUACCACUACUCUGGGGCUGAUGUUUGGACAGAGAGCGAAAAGAGGCUCUUCACUGCAGCUCUGGAGACUCACCACAAAGACUUCUCCCUCAUUCAGACUAUGGUAAAAACCAAGACAGUUGCUCAGUGUGUGGAACUUUACUACGUGAGGAAGAAACUUGACAAAGAAAAAACAUUCAACAUGGAAGAAGAGAGUAAAGUUGAAGACAUGGAGAAGCCAACAAUUACAACGCCCACCCAGCAGCCAAUCACACAGCAGGUCCGCCACGAAGAGAUGGCCUCUGUUCCUUUACUGGCUGGAUCCUUCCCGUGUAAGCUGUGUGGAAAGAUGUUUCAUAAAAUUAAGUCUCGCAACGCUCAUAUGAAGAUCCACAGGCAGCCACAAGAGGACUGGACAGACAAGAAGGUGGGGUAG